CCUGGCAGGAGAGAGCUGCGUGCCAGAGUGCCAGCCUGCCAUGUACCUCAGCCGGGAGCCCCGGCGGUGCGAGACCUGCCCCGCUGGCACAGGGCCGGGCGAGGAGGACUGUGCACCCUGUGCCCCCGAGGCCCCUGCACCCCAAUGGCGCUGCGUCCCCACCUGCCGCGAGGGCUUCUACCCUGCCGACAGCCACGGGCUGCCCAACAAAGUCUGCAAGAGGUGCGAUGACCACUGCUCAGCCUGUGAGGGCUCCGGUGGAAACUGCCUCAAGUGUAAAGAAGGUUUCAACCUCCUUGGUGGCUCCUGUGUAACAAAUGAAACCUGUACCAAUGUCCACGUCACCUGCACUGUGGUUCACCCACCUGCAAAGCCCUACUGCCAGCAGCUGAGCCCUGCCAGCGGGGCCAAGCACCUCGGCCACAGCAGCCCAACACUGACACCGGGCAGCGUGUCAGCCUUGGACCUAGUGACCCUGCUUUAUGUUGAAGUGGAGUUGCCUGACCAGACACAGCAGGCUGAGCCGUCUCAGCUCCCCCAUAGCUACCCCCAGCUCUUCCUCACUGUUCCCCAAACUCCUAAAGCAGUCUCCCCAGGCUAUAAAAUCCCUGUUAUUGAGAACUUGGGUGCCACUCUGGACCAGUUCGAUGCAAUUGAUUUCUCUGACAAUGAGAUUCGUAAACUGGAUGGGUUCCCUCUGUUGAGAAGGCUGAAAACUCUUCUGAUGAAUAACAAUAGGAUUUGUCGGAUUGGUGAAAGCCUUGAACAGGCUCUGCCCAGCCUGACGGAGCUCAUUCUUACCAACAACAACAUUGCUGAAUUGGGUGAACUGGAUCCGUUAUCAACUAUUAAAUCGUUGACUUACCUGAGCAUUUUAAGGAAUCCUGUAACAAAUAAGAAGCAUUACAGAUUGUAUGUAAUCCACAAAGUUCCCCAGGUCAGAGUGCUGGAUUUUCAAAAAGUGAAACUCAAAGAGCGACAGGAGGCAGAGAAAAUGUUCAAGGGCAAACGGGGUGCACAGCUUGCAAAGGAUAUUGCCAGGAGAACAAAAACCUUCAAUCCAGGUGCGGGUCUGCCAACUGACAAAAAGAAAGCCGGGCCCUCCCCAGGGGACGUUGAGGCAAUUAAGACUGCUAUAGCAAAUGCCACGACUUUGGCUGAAGUGGAGCGACUGAAAGGCUUACUACAGGCUGGUCAGAUUCCUGGCAGAGAACGAAAAUCAGGCCCAUCGGAGGACGCUGAAGAGGAAAUGGAAGAAGACACGGUUCCCAACGGGUCUUGAGCCCGGGCCGUGCCCGAGGCCCGCCGCCUC